CUUGGUAUUUAAUCCUUCCAAAAACUAUCAAAAACUGUUUUUACCCUACUGGUUUAUUUGAACAUGAAAUAACUGCUGCUGCCCGUAAGGUUCAUCUGAAUGAUGAAGAUUUAUCUGUUCUUGCAGAGUUGGAAGAAUCACUUGAAAUAUUGUCCCCUCACCACCCUAUGAGCCUUGCUCAUUAUAUAAAUCUACCAGAAGAAAUAGAUUUACAUCAAUGA